AUGGGUUACGAAGGUGGAGAGUCGUUAACCUUUGGUGACAAGCUUCCGGGGUGGCUGGUAUACCCCGAGCGAGUUGAGUCGUAUCGGCGUGGAAAACUUCAUCCCGUGAAAAUCGGCGACAUAUUUCAAGCGGAUCGCUACCAGUACAAGAUCAUUCGCAAGCUGGGCCACGGGUCGUUCUCAACUGUGUGGCUCGCGGAGUGCACUAGUAAUCCUCGGUACGUCGCAAUCAAAAUCUUGAGCUCCGACGCGUCCAGUACGUCCAAAGAAGUACACAUUAACCGGAUCAUACGUGCCAACGCCACUGCACGAGGCCACAUCGUUACACUUCUGGAUAGCUUCAAGCACGAUGGUCCGAACGGUGAGCAUGAGUGCUUGGUCUUCGAGCCCAUGGGGCCCGCUGUCGCGGCAUGUUACGAUCCUGACUAUAAUCCAAUCCAUGCUUGGCAGGCCAAAUCGAUAUGCAAGCAGCUACUAACGGCACUGAAAUGCCUUCACGACUUGGGAAUUGCGCACAGUGAUUCAAAUCCUGGAAACCUGCUUCUGUCCCUUACCAUCCCAAUCCAACAACCUUCCUCUGGAGGCAAAUGCUGGUCUACAGGGGUCAAAGGCAAUCCACAAAUUCCUGAGCGCAUCUAUGAAAACCGGCCGCUUACGGAGUUCUGGGAUCGUGAAGUUCCUGUUGAGCUGAAGCUCUCUGACCUUGGUGCCGCGUUCUUCUCCAAUGACCCUCCUGCGACACCAGUCAUCGCAAUCGGGCUGCGCGCCCCCGAGGUCGUACUCCAGUCCAGUUUCGAUCACCAGAUUGACAUCUGGAGCUUUGGCUGCCUUCUGUUCGAGCUCUUCACUAUGGCACCUCUGUUUGUCAUGCCACCAUUCAACCUGGCGCGCACCAAUACCGACCAUCUGCACGGAACGAGCAAUGAUAACAAUCUCCCCCAGGAGGGUGAUGGCGAUUUCCUUCCAGGAGCAGAUUGUAACGACCAAGCCCUCCAGAAAAACAACGACGAUCAUCUCCUCCAAAUGAUUCACGCCCUCGGACCAUUACCUCCAGCGAUGUUCGAGAGAUGGCCUCGCGGGAAGAGAUAUUUCAAUAAGGAUGGAGAACAAAUUCGGUCAGAUGUGGGAGAGUCAGAGAUACCCAGUGAUAUCUUGGUUGGCGAUACGCUCGAGCAAAGAUUUCAGAGGAGAAAGCCAAAAAAGAUGACAUAUAAUGAAAGUGCUGGACUCCUUGCAGUGAUAAGGUCCGCCCUAAAGUACGAUCCCAAAGAUCGCCUGUCAGCUGCUGAACUGCUAGCUCUUCCCUGGUUUAACCGUGAGUACAUAGAGUAG